AUGCUUCACUCUUUUACUCGCCGCGCCUUCUGCGCCCUCCUCAUCGUCGCUUGCUCCAUCCUUGUCCAGGCCGAGCCGCUCCAUCGCCGGCCCUACAGAGAGCCCCGCGAGAUCCUCGAGGACCGCACAGUCGCUGCUGCGUUCCAGGGCCUUUCGUUCAAAUUCUGGAAUUCUGUUGAGCGUUCAAUCGAUAUCAAACAUGACCUCGGUGCCCCUCCCCAGAAUGAUCCACGAUAUCAGUUGAUCAAGAGGCAAGGCGGAAGCGGAAUCGUCACCAAUUCUACUCCAUCCGUGACCCCAACGCCUACACCACCGCCAGAGGAGACUCCCACUGAGCCACCACCAACCACCUCUGACACGCAACCCACGGAGACUCCCAACCCGCCUUCAGACACUCCAUCCUCGCCAUCUCCAACUACUCCAGGCUCAACUACGCCUCCAGCCUCACAGACGCCAUCUACUGAGCGUACUACUCCAACCAUCACUAACAGCACCCCGAGAGAAUCCACGUCUGUGUCCAGCUCAACCUUUAUCGGCACCACUACUGAUGAGAAUGGAGGCCUUGUGACAUACACAUCGGUUGUCCUUGUUCGACCUACACGCCCCGGGAAUGGAGACUCUCAGGAAACCAACAGUGCAAAACCAAGCUUGCAAACCAACGGUGCCGCUGCCCCAGCCGGAAUGCAAAAGGAGAUGAUUGCCGUACUCGGAGGUGCCGUGGCCGUUGCCAUGGCUCUCUAA